AUUAGCAAAUCAAAGUGAGCAGAGCAAAUAUUAUAUAUAUUUUACCUCUUUCUGGUUUUCAGGCCUCACAUAUCAGCUGGUGAGAAAGCAUUGCAUUGUCGUUCUCAAUCUCCUCCACCGAAUAAAAGAUAGAGUCCGUACAGACAACUUUGUGAUCCUGAAUUGGAGGCCGUGGUGCAAUCCCUGCCUUUCGUUUGGAGGGCAACACGACCCUGUGUUGAGCUACAAUAUGCUUCAACUGUUCCCAUUAAUGUCAACCUGUAUACUUUACACGUGAAGCCACUGUUCCAACUACAACUACACUACCCAAUUAGGCUAAAGUACAAAACCCAACUUCAUGAGCCAAGUUCCACAUGCAUUAUUGUCCAAUUUCUUGGAUUAAAUUAAAUGGAGGGACAACCAGCUAAACGCAGACGUGUUUACUCUUUGGAACCGAACAAAAGAGUGCAAUCUAUGUUUACUAGAAACUAUAUGAACUAUUUAGUUCCAGCUUUGAUGAAGAUAAGGGAAAAGGGUUCUGCAGAAGAUAACAGCCAUUUUGAUAUUAUGAAUGUUGUCAAGUAUGAAGUGGACAUGGCAAUGGUCUUCUCAGCCCAAGGUUUUGCAUGGAGUAAUGGCCUUAAAGUGAAGAUUCAAAGGGAUCAUGUCAAUGUAGCUACAAGCACUAGCUUUCUUGAAAAUGAGGCUGGUAGUGAAGGUUCAUCAAGGAUUUAUGACCAAAAUGAAAUUGUCCCACUGGAUUUCUCUUCAAACCCUAGCUCAAAGUCUCAGGAGGAGAUUUUGGGGAGCAAGUCUAAGUGCAAGGACAUGCCUGAAAUGAAAAAGGAUUUAACCAAAGAAGAUAAUGAAGAUGAGGACAUCAACAACCAGUUCAAGAGCCUCAGAAGGUUGAUACCUGGAGGAGAAGAGAUGUGUGAUGAACAAAUGGUUUCUGAAGUAGAAAGUUAUAUAAGCUGUUUGCAAAUGCAGGUGAACGUUCUUCAAUGCCUGCUGGCAGAGACACGUUGAUUAAUAUGUCUUGCAUUUCCACAAAGCCAUAAACUAUGUUAAAUUCAAGAUAUAUUGUCAAAGAAACUAUAGCAUGCAUAUUUUAUUGUUGUUGUAAUUUGAAUAUGGUUUUGGAAAUUUUGGGUAUUUCAAGUUAACAUGUUUAGGAGAGAAAAGAAGGGAACAAAAAAAACUCGAAGAAAGAAUACUAAGGUUCUUUCUCCAGUUAUCUCCAAUGCAAUGAAGAGGAUUUAGUUUAUAAAUAUUCUUCUUACGCAUAUGCACACACAAAUGGCCACAUAUAAGAUGGAUGACAGUGCAGUUUGGUUAAUUUGAGUUUUUAGU